GAGGGGGGUGAGAGUGAAAGAGGGACAGCUGAACAUUCAGGGCUUGGACAGAGGAGCCAACAGGGAUGAACAGUAGCUUUUACUUCCCAAAGUUAUCAGUCAUCCGAGAGUUCAAACACUUUGAAAACAACGCCAUGUGGGACAAUUCAGGAGGAUGGCUGGACAUCUGUAUCUCAACUUCACAGGAGCUGGAAGAGUGACUCCCUUCAUAAUGAACUGUGCAGUCAUUCUUAUAUUAACAUCAAGCUGCUUCACCUGGUCUUCAGCUAUAUUUAUCCCCAACAGAGCAGCACCCAAGAAGCUAAAGUACCUCCUUGAGCCACCUGUGUACGCUGAGGUUAUUGGCCGAAGGGGAGGAAACGUCACCUUGCCGUGCAUCCUGAGAACCAAACCGAGCCAUUACAAAGUGAAAUGGACAAAACUGGAGCCAGAGCACGUAGGCCCGGAGAACAUUAUCAUAAUAUCAAAUGCUCACGCCUUCAAGCUAUACGGACAUCUUGGAACGCGGGCUUCUCUCCUCAAGGCUCACACCAUGGACGCCUCCUUGCAGCUCAGCCUUCUUGAGCUGAAAGAUGGUGGCACAUAUCGCUGCGAACUAGUCAAUGGCAUCGAGGAUGAGAGUGUCACCAUAACUUUGAGGAUUGAAGGUGUGGUGUUUCCAUAUCAGAGUAAAAAUGGCCGCUACAGAUUCACUUUCCAUGAGGCUAAGGAGGUUUGUGCUGAGCAAGAUGGCACAUUAGCCUCAUACAACCAGCUGUACAGAGCAUGGACGGAGGGUCUGGACUGGUGUAAUGCAGGCUGGCUCGAUGAUGGGACCGUUCACUACCCCAUUAUUCAUCCACGACCUGCCUGUGGAGGAGAGCUGCUCCCCGGCAUCCGCAGUUAUGGACCAAAAGAUAAGAAUCACGAUCGGUUUGACGCUUUCUGCUUCACCUCCCAGACGUCUGGCUCUGUCUACUACAUAUCAGGGUCAUUCUCCUUUGAGCAGGCGGAACAUGCAUGUAAACGUCAGGGAGCUGAGUUGGCAUUGGUCGGCCAGCUUUACUCCGCCUGGCGCUUCCAAAAAUACGACCAGUGUGACGGCGGAUGGCUGAAAGACGGCAGCGUACGGUUUCCCAUCAGCAACCCCAGGGAGCGCUGUGGAGGCAUCCCUGAAGCAGGAGUGCGCUCAUUUGGGUUUCCCAACAAGAUGAUGCAUCUUUACGGCGCCUACUGUUAUAGGUAGCCCAAAAUAAAAAACAAAAACAAAUACUCAUUUCAGUCAGUGUCUCCACCGAGCUUGAGAGGCCCAGAAUUCAGUGCAUAUACAGCUUCAUCCACCAAUGGAUAGUCCUGAGCAAGAAACCUCACAUUUGAAGCUACAGACAAUUACUGACAGUGGAAUUUUAGGGUUAUGUUUAUGUAAUCUAGUCAUCCAAUUAGAGCUUAAAAGUGUUUUUUAUUGAAAACAGGACAACGUUUUUGAGUCUGAUUAAAAUUGAAACUUGGUGGAGGCAGAAAGGUCAGAACUACUUUAGAGGACAGAUAAAGCCUUAUACGGUAGCUCUAAAAUCUCACUUUUGUACCCACAAGAAAAGUGAUCAGAUUAUUAAACUUCUUUCUAUGUUAAACUGAGAUGUAAAGAUACAUUUUUCCAGGAUGGUUGUAGGUUGUACCAGCUACUGGCCAGAUGCCGAUAAAAUGUUGUUGUGGCUGGUAAACCACCACCUUCUCUCCUCCAGUCAAUAUCAAUACUGAUUAAUAAUCAUUUAAGAAAUAAUUGUUGGCUGGUAAAACAGAAUGUAACGCCACAAAUGGAAAGAACAGGCAGAAUGGAACUGAUACAAACAUGUUAUACAUACACAAUCAUCUUGCACUAAACCUGUAAUAAUGUCUUGAAAUUUCUGCAUUGGGUAACAUUGUCAGUGAUGCUUAAGGCGAUUUAAACAGUCGAUAACUAACACAAAACUGAACUGCAUCCAGCAAACUCAUUUAGAGAAGCUAAAACGUAUGACAUGUUGAUUUUUUAUACUAAAACUUUCAGAAUUAACUGGUUACUCUGUAAAUUAACUACCGUAUAUGUCAUUUAAUGUAUUCAAUGAAGAUGUGUCCACAUAUCAGCAUAUUGAUUUGCCAAUAAAGUAUUUGUGCAUGACUUAAAGUUC